AUAAAAAACAGUUCACCCAAAUGUUUAUAAAUGAUGCCCGAAAUUGAAUGCGACGUGGCGGCAGCAACAACAGACAUGGUCAGUGGUGCAGCACAUGCGCCCGUUUUUGAAACAACCGUGGCCCAAAAAUAUUACAGUAUACACCAGCAACAACAACAACACAACAACAACAUCACAGCUGAUUAUAAACUUGCAGCAGAGCAACAGCAACAGCAUCAAUUGGAACAGGCCCAAUACAAAAUGGCCACAAGUUCAUAUGUUUAUCGUAGUCCUUUGACCAUACCACCCAUGCCAACGCCACCACAAACAGCAGCUAUGUAUGAAAAUAUCAGCAACAACAACAACAAUGUGGCUGAGGCCUAUAAUCACAAUUAUCAUGGCAAUCACCAUCCGCAACAACAACAACAACAUCAUUCUCAUUCACAUCAUCAGCAUCAGUUGCAUUCAAUAGCAGCUCUAACUAGUCAACAUAUUUCGGCAGCAGCAUCAGCCGCGUCACCCACCACAGCAACAGGUGCCAAUGGUGCGGCAGAUAUCACAGCCAACAACAACAACAUCGCCAUUAAAGAGAAACAAGCAAACGAAACAACAUUUCUACAAAAAUCUUUAGAGGCACCACCAAAACAGUCCAGCUAUACAAACGGCUAUGCCAGUUCUCCGACAUUAGCCAUUGGUGGUGGGGGUGUUGCCGCCGGCACCUCAGUGGGCGUUACACCUGCCAUUAAGACGCUAAUGUCUUCACCACCACCCAUUGGUGUACAAGCCAAAACGCCACACGCGAGACAAAUCCAAUCGCCCACCGUUUCGGCGGAGGCCCACUUGACAUCGGCAAAUAUGUCAGCGCCCGCCACAUGGCAUCCUCAUGUUUAUGCCCGCCCACCAACACGUCCCACCCCACACACCAUUGCCGAUAUUUUGGGUUUGCCGAUCAGCAACGUCAACACCACCACCACAAUACCCCACAGCACCAACACCUUAAUAUCGCGCGAUCCCCACGAUGAAUCGUCAAAUUCUUCGACCACAACGCUGCCACCAGCCCCCGCCAAAUCACCCAAAAGUAUUUUACGCAACUUCCAACAACAAUAUUCGCAACAGAUCACUCAAUUCGAACAGCAUCAGCCACGAAGUGCUUCGGCCAGCGACACAAGUGAAGAUGAUAUGAUUAAUGUAUGCCUCGACCAGCCAUUGAAUUUGUGUGUAGCCAAAAAGUCUAGAGAUUCCCUGUCACCACCACCUGCCGUCAAGCAAAAUCAAAUUUUAGGCAUUACCACCAGCACCACCACAUCGGCGGAUCGUGAGAAAUCAUUGCUGGGCAAACAUUUGAAAAAGGAUCCCCAUCAUACGGCAGUGAAAAAUAGCAUGAAAAAGAAGAAAUUGUCCUCUGCCCAUAUUGUGGCAGCCAGCAGUGUUACCCUACCUCCUGAUGUCAGUCCAUCGGGUAGCAGUGAUAGUAUAAUGCGUGAACGUUUGGCCCCGCCAGCAAUAAGUACCACACCACCAGCUGUUAGUAUGGAAACAACAGAAGACGAUUCCGAUUCGGGAUCAACAGAUGCCCGCCGCAAAAAGAAGGCAAGAACCACUUUCACCGGACGGCAAAUAUUCGAAUUGGAAAAACAAUUUGAAAUUAAAAAGUACCUUAGUUCUAGUGAACGAACAGAAAUGGCGAAGCUGUUAAAUGUUACCGAGACGCAGGUUAAAAUAUGGUUUCAAAAUCGCCGAACCAAAUGGAAAAGGCAAGAUAAUGUUACUAACUCUGAGGCGGCUGAGGUUAAAUCCGCCAAUUCGGGCAAAACAACGACAACAGCCACAACAAAUAGUAGUACAUCAUCGAUGACGACCUCAUCGGUAACAGCAACACCGGCGGUGGCUACAACAACAUCAUCCUCUACAAAAAAUGCUCACAUCAAUGGCACAAGAAAUAGCUGCAAUAGCGGUGGUGAGCCAGCAGCAACAUCAGCUAAUGCCGAAGGUAAACGCAACAUUGCAAAUGAAUUAAGUGCAAAAUUAACCGCUAAACAAGCGACAAAAAUCAAAAAACAAUUGAAUGCUCUGCUGGAGAAAACCUCAAAAAGUGCUACAGGUUCGGCAAAGCAUGAGCAGCAAGCCACUGGCGGCACUACUACUAGUAGUAGUAGUUUACAACAUGCAUUACAAGCUGCUUCAGGUCAGAUUGCAACAACUGGCGUUGGUGCUGCUGCUGCUCCUGGCAAAUUAGCAAAUAAUACAAAUGCAGUAAUGGAUAACAAGAAUGGCCCCAGUCCGGCAUCAGCUAACAAUAAACAAUUGCACAACAGCCAUCACAACCAUCAUCAUCAUCAUCAUCAUCAUCACCACCAGCGUGGCCAUCAUCACCAUCGUCAUCAUGCUGCCAUACCGCAUCAUCAUCAUGCUAUUCCAUUAACGGUUGAGCCUGCAGCACCCCUGGAACAGACUGAAAAACUCGAAAUCAAACUGGAGGAAUCGCCACAACAUCGCGAGUUACAAUUAACAUUGUUACGUGCCGCUGCUGCCGCCCAGCAACAACAACAGCAACAAGGUGGCCAACAAAGUCCACAUUAUGGCGAAAUGGAUUUUGAAAGUAAAUUGGCCGCAUCGAAAAUAUCAAAUGCUUUAGCCGUGGCCAACAAAUUGAAUGGGAUGGAAGGUACAGCGGCGGCUUUGUCCAAAAAGUCUAAAGCCACCAGCAAAAGUGAAAAACUUCAGCAGGCGACAACGUCAUUGAUGAAAGCCGAACACAAGGAAACAAAGGACACCACAGUGACCACAAAAAAACUGGGCAAUGUUGUCUCAACUUCUACGCCACCACCUCUCGCGAAUGGACAAAAUAAAGAUGGCAGUCCUCAACAAUCUAAAAUACCGAGUGAUUUGCUAGAUGAUUCUGAUGAUACAGAAUAUCGAGCAAAAGCCGACAAUGAUGAGGAUGAUAAGGAACAAAUAAAUUCUAAUUUAGAGGCAACUACUUCUGCCGCCAUGAUGGAUAUUGAUGAUAAUUUUAUUGAGAACAAAAAUGGAUUACAUUUAAAAGAGCAGACAACCGAUCGCAUUCGAGAUUCUUCAUCAUCGGCCUGCUCCUCCUCUUCCUCGCCGCCUUCGGCCGCCUCUUCCGUUGUAAAUGAUAAUGCUGAUGAUACUGAAAUGCAAGAAAUUUAA